UCUCAAUGACUCCCGCGAUCGGCACGCGCAGUCGCGCGCGCGCCACCCAACUCCAGCAACAACAACAACAGCGGCAACAACAACAACUACCGUAGCUGCGUGACCACAACCAGAACAAUACAAAAACACAACAACAACAACAUCACCCGACAACAACAAUCGUAGACAACAGUUUAGAGAAGCACUCGGUGCUGUCGAACAACAAGUACUUUAGUAGCGCUGUAGUUGCUGACCACCGCAGUCGAACGGCGGAGUCGCUCAUCACAGGGCGACCGCUGCGAAACGAACGCAGCAGCAACAACAACAGCAACAACAACAGCAACAACAGCAGCAACAACAGCAACAACAACAGCAACACGGCGGAGGUGACGUCGUUAGAGAAGGCUAGCAGGAGCAACAGUGCCGUGGCCGUCCAACGCACGUUCACGAUGAACGUGCCGGACGCCCCGGUGGCCAUCCGGCUGGUGAACCCCUCGCACCCAGGGGCCAUGCUUCACCGGGCAAACCAGCUGCGGCAAGCCGGCACGCUGUGCGACGUCGUCAUCCAGGUGGACGGGCAGCAGUUCCCGGCCCAUCGCGCCGUCCUGGCGGCGGCCAGCAAGAUGUUUGAGCUGCUGUUUGGUCAGCGUGGCGAUACUACGCGCUACACUUUGGACUUUCUCUCGCCUCGCACUUUCGCGCAGGUGCUGGAGUAUAUGUAUACAUCAACAUUGGAGGUUCGGCCAGAAGAUCUGGACGAUCUCCUAUAUGCGGCUGAGAUAUUAGAGAUUGAGUACUUAGAAGAACAGUGUUUAAAACUCCUUGAGGGCCUGCAGGGUUCAGAGGGCAAUGAGUCAGAGGUUACGGAAGAUGAAGGACACCAAAGUGGUGCCAACAUUCGUGAGCACGGUGACACUGCCAGAAUGCCACACGGUGUCUAUCUGCAACACACUGUGGCUGGGGUCUCUGUGGCGGAACAUUCACAUCGUGAUUUGUACCCAAGAACAUCGCAAGCUGCUUUGCAGAUAGCAACUGAGGCGAGGCUGCCUGGUGUUGGGGGCCGCAAGAAACUCUACUCGAGAACGUCAAGAAGUGCAACACACCGACUCAGUGAAGGUUCACUGUCGACUGAUAACGCGGACGCUGCUGUGCCUUCUCACAGCCUCGAAGGCAUUCAGUCCGAAGAGUCCAUGGCACCAGAGCAGGUCGAGAACAGUGCUUUCGAAUCGGCUUAUUCUGUCGGCGAGGAUGGGCCUCAGAGGUCCAUAGACCGUACCAAUAGCGAUCCCAGUUUGUAUCUCAGACCGUCGAAUGCCGACGAAGAGGCUGUGACGGUAAGAGAGCAGGGACGAAGCAGUAGCUUCUCCAGAUAUCGGGAGGACACCCAUGAAGAUCGCCACAAAAAUGGCAUUUUUCUGAGAUUGCAGGAGAAGGCAGCAAAGGCUGUGGUUACAGAGGUCAUCGCCGACGAAGGUUCCAUGCCUCAGGACCUGGCGUGCUCGUCGCAGAAGUUGAGCAGGGGUGAGCUGGAGGCAGCCCGGGGUAGGGAGGACCCUUCGGGCCUCUAUCUCAGAGCGCCUUCCCAUCACGCGCUGGAAAUGAUGGCCGCUAUGCUAGGGGAGCAGCAUCGCCUGACAGAGGCCCAAGCGGCAGGCUUGCAAGCCGGCUGCUUCUCGCUGAGCCCCCGACGAGUCGCCGUGGACAGCCUCAUGAGCCUGCGACAUUCGCUUGUUGCUGGCCAGCACCUUGGAGGUUCGAGCCAAAUGGAAACCUCAGGCGCGGAUGGGAACCAGGCCUCCGUAGCAACACGGCAAGAGUCGAUGGAAGAGAGGCAGGAGAGGUCGGGCUCUGAGGUGGAGGAGGCGCCCGGGACACCCACAAGAGGCAGCGUGAUCACCAGCGCUCGCGACCUUCACCGCCACUCGUCGCAGGACGACCCCGAAGAUGUGGUGAUGCGGCAGCCGCUCGACUCCGACGAGGAAGCCAUGGUGUCUCCCCCGGAAGUUGCUUCAAAUGUUGAGAUCGAGGGCCACACUCCUUACCAUCGGGUCAGCCGGGAGGCUACGCGACUGGAGCUGAUGGACCCCGCGCUCAUCUACAACAUGCACAUGCUGGGCGCUCUGGGCUCUGGUCUUUACCCCCUCGCACUGCAUCAGCAACACCAGCACCAGCAGCAGCAGCAGCGAGCCUUCCAGGCCCAAGAGCUUGCCAGCCGCCUGGGAGAGAUGAGCUCUGCGCUGAGAGCAGACCAGUCAGCCAUGCAGCUCUACCUUCCCUCUGGUUCCUCGUCAGCUCCCGGAGAGGAGAAGUGUGACAUAUGCAAUGUUUCCUUCUCAAGUCGAGAGAGCCUGUGGGAGCACAGAAAGCUGCACAUGGAGAAGGGCUACGCCUGCGAUCUGUGCGGCAAGCGCUUCUUGGACAGCCUUCGCCUUCGCAUGCAUCUUCUGUCUCAUUCGGCAAACGGGCAAAGUUACUCCUGCGAACAGUGUGGUGCCGCAUUCACCAAAGAAUCCAGUCUGGAGCAUCACAGGGAGGCACACAGAGCAGAGAGCGGAAUGGCCUACUUCUGCUUGCUGUGCGGGAAGCGUCUGCAGACCCAGAGUUCCCUGCUGCAGCACAUGGAGGUGCAUGCUGGGGCGCACGAGUACGUGUGCGGGGAGUGCAACCGGACCUUCCCCAGCCACUCCACUCUGAAGCGGCAUUUGCGCUCACACACCUCCGGAGAACACCCGUACGAGUGCGAGUUCUGCGGCAGCUGCUUCCGCGACGAGGCCAUCCUUAAAAACCACAAGCGGUUGCACACGGGGGAGAAGCCCUACGAGUGUAACGGCUGCGGCAAGAAGUUCAGCCUCAAGCAUCAGCUGGAGACGCACUACAGAGUGCACACUGGUGAGAAGCCGUUUGAGUGCAAGCUGUGCCACCAGCGCUCCAGGGAUUACUCGGCCAUGAUCAAGCACCUGCGGACGCACAACGGUGCGGCGCCGUACCAGUGCACCCUCUGCCUGCAGUUCUGCAGCAGCUUGGCCGGCAUGCAGAAGCACAUGAAGGCCCACCGGCCCGAGGACAUCCCCCCGGACUGGCGCAUUGAAAAGACAUACCUCUACCUUUGCUACGUCUAGCAGGAGAGGAGGCGGGGGGGGGGGGGCGGGGGGGGGGCGGGUGGCCGGCGGUGGGGAGGGGGCGGUAUGAGAAUGAUGGAGGCAUACAAAGUGUGGGUGGAAUCCCAUAUCCAUCACCUUUGUACUGUGAGAGGGGAGGUGCCUCCCCAGCUCUGCGGCGCGUUGGGUGCGAAGGUGGCACAGGGUUUGCCAGGGGGGCGUUUAGAGUGAGCGGGCGAGUCCGUUUUUUGCCUGUUGGAAGUGACGGAUGGCGACAAGUCAUGUGGUGGUUUGGACGUUGUUAGAUCCUGCGAUCUAUCUCGUGCGUUUAUCAUUGGGGGUGUGGAAGUAGUUUCAGAAAGUGUAUCUAAAGUGUAUAAACCGAAACCUAUUUUUAGCACUCGUGAGGGCCCUAGAUUGAGAACAGUCGUUGUGCGUCAUUAAAACUGCAGCCGAAGAGAAAAAAAAUGGGUAAAAAAAAUAUUCAAAGUGCAACGACAAAUACGAGUGUUGGACCGACAGACAGGUACUGUUUGAUUCACGUUGGAUUCUUGCUAUUUUAUGACCGAGCUCAUAGGCACCAUGUGACCAGAAGAACACAGGUGCAAGGGAACCGAUAUUUAAGCUGAACUGGUAAAUGGUAUGGUGGAAUAGAAAUAUGUGUGCGUGGUAUGUUGAAAAUGUCAUUUUCAGGAAUUGUUUUAUGUUUGGUUUGUAUACUUUUUUGCAAAUGUCGGUGUGUAAUUUGUGCAGCAGGUCUCUGAAUAGAAGUGAUAUUUGAAAAAGAAAUUGAAUUACUGAAGAUUGUUGUAAGUUAUUCAUUACACAGGUUCAUCUGAUUCUCACUUGGAUUUAGUAUUGAUCAUUAUAUAUAGAUAGUGUAUAUGAAAGAUAUACAUGGCUUUUGUUGAAAUGGUAAUGAUUUGGGCAGGGAAUGGGCCUCUGGUACUGGAAAGGUGGCCCAAAACACACGUGGAUUGUGAAACUUUUCAGUGAGUAGGUAAAAAUGUAUUUUGUACGCUUUCUGAAGUUAAUUGUCUAAAAUUCCCACUGCAGUUAGGCCAUAAUUUGAGCAUAUACCGUCACCUUGGUGAGGGGGUUGGAGAUUUUAGUAACACUGAUUAUAUUUACGUGUUUUCGUAUGCACUUGUAUUGCCAACAAAUUUCCCCAGUUCGUGAAUGCAUUUUUUAAAACUUUUUUUAAGGCAUCUGCUUAUUGUUGGCCAAAGCUGGCGAAUGAGGAUGCGAAUAAUGUGGAAUGAAUACAUUACCCCCCCCCCCCUUCUGGUCCUUGCACCCGAUUGGUUCACAAAUGACGAUGUCACAUUUAUCCCUCAAAGACCGAAACAGGAGUAUUUCUCCACAACUCUCGCUAUUGCCUGAUGAGGCUGAUUCUAAUUACUGGUGAAACAUCGCACUCGAAUUGUCAAUGUUGUGGGUUUACUCCCCAAUACGUCGAUGUGCUGAACCUUGUAACGAAUUGGCAUGUUUUGUUUAGGUGACAAACCUUACUUUUUGGCAGUGUUGGGUGGUGGCGGGUUUAUUGACACAUUUUUAUGCGAUCGAACCCCAAAAAAAUCUCUUAUGGAUAAUAUUGGUCGCAAAAGCCUACGUCUUAAACGUGAAAUUGUCGCGAGUGCUUUUCCUCGACACAGUUGAACAGACAUUUUAAUGCAAGAGUGUUUCAACCCUUACAGUAUAAAAACUCCACGAAGCGUGAGGUUGACGGCCAAAUAUUAAUAAAAAAGAACACUUAUACCCACGCUGAAUUUAAUAUCGGCAUAUCUCUAUUACGUUGAGAGUUAUGGGAAUUGGUGGAAAUGCUGCAUUGUUAUGGAGUAGACCAGUCUGUCCGUCGGAUAACUGCUGUUUUCGUUCAACGUUGGUACUCAACCAAGUCAGCAUCCAGGUGGGAUUUGAAGUCACUACCUUUCCAACUUUGAGUUGGGCAUUCUGCCACUGCGCCAUCUGGCCAGCUUUUCCACCAAAUUAAACUUGUUUUUUUUGUUUGUAGCUAGAUUUACCACCUUUUGGGGGUCAGGUAGAAAUGUUGUGAUGAAUAGUUUGGUGUACUUGAAUUUUUCCAGUUGUAUUGUGGGGCAACUGUUGCAUGGCAACUUUCUGAGCCAAGAAGGUUUCAGGUUGUGUACCUCGGUAAUGUUUAUGUACAGGUUCAGGGCCUCUGUUUGGAGCUGUUGCUAGCAUCGGUGUAAUAUUGACGAAAGGUGAAAGUUUAAAAUGGCAUUAAUUUGUAUUGUGUAUUGACGCCCGCUUUUUAAUGAAUAGUUAAUUAUAGAUUCAAUAAACCAAAACCUUGCCUAUCGCGGAAGUUACAUUCGUGAAUAUAGCCGCAAUCGGCGAAUCCGUGAUCCGCAAACUCGAAGGCAAAUGAGGAAAACUAAGGGUUUGGUUCACGGUUCGUAAUACAACAACCCCCCCCCCCCCCCAUCUUUUUAAUUAUGUUACCUACCAUAGCCCAAACGUGAAACGGGAAGUAUUGUAACGUAAAGUAUGACGAAUAUUUUCGAAAGUGUUAAACAUAGCUUCUCCAUACUCUUUGGUUCAUUCGGUAAAGUCACGUAGGUAGAAAAAAUAAUAGAUCAUGACGUUUCGAUCGCCACGCAAGCAAUCGUCCUCAGAUGGGAUUAGACUAAAAAAUUUAAAGCAAUGUAAGAGAAAUCUCGCGGCUGAAUCUCACCGCCUCACUCGACGCUGGGGAGCACGUAGUGAACUGGGUCCUGCGAUGGGCGAGAUGGAGGCGAGAUGGCCAUGUGCAUUCUUCCGCAGCAGCAGUAUCAUCAUCAUAGCCAUCAUCGUGAGCAGUGCAGUUACGAUGCGUACAGGAAUCUCGCUGUCGACCAUGAAAGGGUCGAGGCACAGAGGCGCGAUCGGCGAACAACAACUUUUACGCAAAUAGUCAAAUCCGCGAUGGGCAAGGUUUUGGUGUACCAUUAGAUCUGACAUUCCCAAAAAAAAUUGGACAAUUUUCUAUUGGUUUUUUUAUGUACCCCAUGCUAAUGGAUUUCAAUUGAUACUUAUUGAUUAAAGUAAAUGCUACAUUUUCUUUAUUUGUAAAUGGAAAGGAAGAGCUACCAGCGCAGAGUGUGCAGUGUUGGAUGUGGGCACUCUUUCAAUGGUGAUAUAAACUAAACAUUGGAAAUGUAAUUGUUGAGUUGUAACAAUUGUAGAGAUGCACAGCGUCAUUUUGAAGGCAUUUUGGUUGAGCAAAGAAGAAAAAAUAAUAACUAUAUCCUGUACGUUAUAUGUGAGAGUAUUUUCCGGAUUGUAUCAUUUUCAUUUUUGUGUAAUACUAAACAUAAUACAAUGCACUCGUUAAAUGAAACACAAUUAAUUUGAAAGGUAUUGAUCGCAACCGACGUUUAUUCAUCAAAUAAUGCUAUAUUAACUGUAAGGGUGACCUGUUUUAUUCAUUUUGGGGGGGGGUGGGGUUAUAAUUCUUUUGGUACUUUAUAAAAGCCAAGUAUUGGGUGUAGCCUCUAGGGUAAUUGUUAUAACAAGGAAACCAUAACCAUUGACACAUUGAAGUUAUGUGAAUGCUGCAUAUCUUUAUUGUGUAGACGCUUAUCAAGCUCACGGUUUGGGAGUUGCAUUCGUCAAGUUUUUGCCGCGCCUCUGAUGAGUACGGCGUGAAAAAAGUUCAACAUACAUCCAUUCAUGCUAAUUCGUUAGAAAAGGUAUAAAUUCGAGAUGAUGCUUGCGCUUUCCUUUUUAAAAAUGGUAUUAAUUUCAUUAUGAAAAAAUAUUAAGCCUAAUGAUUGUGAUUAUAGCAGUGGGUAGUGAUUAACAGAAGCAAGCAAUUCAUUAGUAUCAUAAGGUAACAUUAACUACCAGCGGGUGUUGUAGCAAUCUGCCCUUUUAUUCAAGGUGUGAUUUUCUCGUGUUUUUUUUUUUGCAUUUUGUUGGGUGCAAUGCCUUAGCCCACACUGAAUGAUAUGGAGGACCUUAUAUUAUCGUUAUAACAAUGCAACUUGAGAAAGUGUUGCAGGAAGAUAAGUGCUGCAAAUGCUUAAGUUGUUUUGAUGUGUUCGCAUUGAAAGACUGCAUCUGAAUGUUUAUUUUGUGUGUGCCAAGAUCUGUUCCAUGUAUUCUUGCCUAAAUGCAAUGUGAUUUUUGUUUUGUUUUCUUCUCCCAUUUGUGCAGGGUUUUUGUUUGAGCAUUUUUUGUUUAUAGUCAUCUACCUCUUUUCUUGCUUUAAGGUAUGCUCUUGUGGUUCACUAUAGAAGGUAGCCGAAAUGUUUGGGUGUAACUAUUACGUUGUGUCGGAAGUGUUAUUAUGGUCGUAUUGCGGAGGUUGACUUUCUAACAGUGUAUGGGUUCCAGAAUAGGAUUAUUUUUAGUAAUUUAGAAAGGGGCAACAAAAAGACAAUUGUCACGAGAUCUCUUGUAAGAAACAUUAAGUCGAGUUUGUGAGCUUUUUAUUUUUUAAAUAUUAACGUAGUGUUUGAGAGCGUUCAUAGUUGGGCAUUAUGUUGUAAUUAGAGUGUACUUGUGUUUGCUUCACAUAAAUCCAUUGUUAUGUUUAGCUGAUAAACUCUACAAAUUGCAUUUUUUCUGCUUGUAGGAAAAAAAAAUAAGAGUCUCUCUUGUUAUUUGGGAAAAAGAAAUGUACUAUGAUGGAUACGUUCUUGGUGUUUUUGUCCAGUGUAAAACAAAAAGCAUCUUGUCCGCAUUUCAAACAAAACACAUCAAGCAGUUUAUAAUAUUUGAUUGCAUUUAACAGAAAAAAUAGAUUUUUGGAGAAAGAGAAGAUGGCUAAAUGUGUCUCUGAGCGAUAGGUUCAUGAAACAAGACCUGAUGAUACACGGAUUGACCUGUUGACAAAAUAAGCUAAGGAAGUAUAGAAGGUUUUAGUAAAAACAGCGUCUGUAGUGUGAACCACUGUGUGCCUGCUAAAACAAGGGCUUCCUCAUAUUUCACUUUUCAGAGAAAAACAGUUGCGUCGUUUUAUGCUCAGCACGGCAUUGUUAGUAAUACCAUAGAGGGGAAAGAAAUACGAGUGGAAGAAGCUUUAUUUAAGUGAAACAUUAAUGUGCCAACACCCAACGGAGUUGUAUAGGGCCCCCCUCUAAACGUACACAAUCGCAUUAAACCAUUUCAUUUAUAUCAUUGUGGUGACGCUGCUGUGUAUGACAGGCAUGUUAAGUGAUGCAGAAGUGUUGUUUUGCUGGUAGACGGCCAAUACAUUUUUUUUUUCAUCCUAAGGAAUGUUUUUUGCUUUGCCUCUUGUUUAACCUUGACAAGUUUACAAUGCGGAGUUGUUGAAGUUGAGUGAAUUAUAACGUACUUAUUUUUUAUUUGCAUUUUCAAACAUAAUGCUAAGGUUAUUCUCAUUCAAUUACUGUGAAUUGAUUUGGACGUUUUGCAUCGGUAGCCAAUGUAAUGAAAAAAAAUCAAAAAUAUAGCAAUUUACGGUAACAUCUUUCUUUUUUUUCGAAUUUUGAAAAAUUAUCAACCGUGCGAGCAAUUAUACACAUUCAUUGUAAGGUGUCGUUGAAAGGAAUGUAAUAUAAGCAUUGUCAUAGUUGUUUCAGCACUGAAAACAUUGUUGUGGACCAAUUAUUUGUUGAUAUUUUUCUCUCUUUUCAGUAUUUUAGUAACAAUUGUGAAGGUUUUCUUUUUUAAUGGCUGCUCAUUAUUUCCAGACUUCAACAUACGCAAUAGUGAAUCUACCUCAUUGUGAGCUUUGACAUAAUUGCUUGUUUUAAGUGGUGUUUUUAUUGUUAUUAAAUGAACUAUGCUCUGCGACAGUGACCUUUGACCUUUGCAAAUGGCAAGACCUGUAUCAUAUCGAGGAGUGGCAACCCUGAAUGAAUACGCUGAGAAUUAGCGGAGCUAAGUAUUUGUGUAAUGAAGUCGGGUUUUUUUUGUUGUUUAAAUAUAACAUUACCAUUCUAACAGUACCGGAUGUCAGAAUGUUUAACAAAAUCAAAGAGCACAUAUCUUGUCAAGUUUAAAGAAGGCAAGAAGCUUUGCUUGGUAUUAUUUUAUUUUUUUAAACCCCCAAGUAUGCUCAAGUGUUUAAACAAGAAAAUGUAGCAAAUGCUUACAGUAAUCCUCUGCUUUACACAUUACGGUUGCUGGUGUACUUUGCCUAACUAUAAUAUUCUGCAAGUUGGUUAAAUAUUAUAAACACAUAACUGGCAUAUCAGAAUGUAAUUGCAUGUCAACAGAUAUAUAAUUAAACAAACAAAAAAACAUUUAACAAAAACACAUUUUUUUUCAAUCAAACAAUGCAAAUCACAUCCGUACCGUCUGAAACCAUGUAUUUCCACUUCACCGUCCUGUAUUUGCAAAUAAUUUAAACAUUUAAUAGGGAUGUCACAAUAUGUUAUUGUAAUAUAAAAAAAAACUACUUAAUAUCACGAUAAUGAUGCUAAGCUAUCGAACCUUAAAAUGAGGUGGAAGGGUAUUAUUACCUGCAUUCAUUACCAUUUGAAUGUGUACACAAGCACUAACCAAAAUAUCGUAACAUUUUAUCCGUAUCAUUUAAAAACUAUACAUCACAUUUCUGUAAAUGUAUGUUACCGCAUCUGUCUUGCAUUGUGAUACUGUGGAUAUAAACAGUUAUCACUUUAAAACGUGGUCUGGUUAUAGUUGGGUUUAUUAUCGUGAUACGUUCUUCUGCUUUGUAUAUUGUGACAUCCCUAUGGUAUAAUAUCGACUUGAUGUAGGCUCACUUCAUUUGCAGGAACGCCACCAACACAGCUUUUACUGUCAUCGCUGUAUUGUUUACCUUGCAGUUUGCCCGAUUUAAUUAGUACUGCUGAAUUUUCUUUUCCAUUUUUUUGUCACAUGUAGAAGUCACUAAGUGAUGUGCCUUUAAGAGCCAGAGAUUAUUUUUACAUUGUACCUGUUAAAUGGUAGUAUUUUGUAGAGAAGUUGUUUUGUAUUUUGAUAUGUAAUGUACAUGAGUACUUUUUUUUCCAUUGUAUAUCAUGAUUGUAGUGGUAGGAAAAAAAUAAAAGUUUUAAAAUAUUGAACAAUUUAAUGUGUGGCUAAACAUAGAAUACUGUACGCAUGUCUGUUUUAUAAUAUCUAUUUUUUUGAGAAACCAUAUUUUGUUUUAACUAGCAUGCCUUUCUACCUAAUUGCUUUUAUCAACCAACUUAUGCUUAUUGGAUAACUUGACUUUGUGAAUUAAUGAGCAUAUGUUGUGAAUUUUAAUGAGCAUUCUUACCACGGCCAACCAACACCACGCCCAAAAACUACUACUCAACAUCUUCAACAAUGAUAGGCUUAGAUCUUGACUUAAAGCUUUCGUGACUGCAGGAAUUCAUAUUCUUUGGGUCUUUCGGUAAAGUCACGUAGAUGGCUGAAAGAAAAUAACACAAAACUACGACGUUUCGAUCACAACACAAGCGAUCGUCAUCAGGAGGAAAGAGGAGGAAAUCUGCUGAAUGCAGACUUUUAUGGGGUGUAGUCCUAGGGUCAUAUGAUAGAAACGUCGUAGUUUUUUGUUAUUUUAUUUGAACCAUCUACGUGACUUUACUGAAAGACCCAAAUAAAAAUGAUAGGCUUGGUGUAGCCACUUGGAUGAAGGCCUCCCUGCAUCGUUGCCAAGCAUCUGGUCUUGUGAAUGCUACAAAUCCAUCUUGCUCCUUCGCGUGAGCAAAUCUCAUUGCCGCAACUCUGCACUGUAUGUUCUCUUGGGCGUGCUGUUACUUUUGGUUGACAUUCCAUCAUCAGUCUUGUCCGUCGAUCAUCAUUCUUCGGGCGCCGUGUCCUGCCCAAAGCUCGCUUAUUUUUCUUAACAGCAUAGUGUCUUUUAUUUUUGCUCUCUGAUCCAUGCUGUUUCUCCCAGUGUAAUCCCGAGAAUGCUCUCCCAACAUUCUUGUUUGCGCACUUCAGCUUUUGUUCCGCAUUCUUAUCAUUGCUUCUGAUCCACGUGGCAUGGAAGACUAUAUAUUGUGUUCUAAAUAUUUUAACUUUGGCCACAAUGGAAUUUUGUUUUCACAAUUAAAUUCAGUUUUCCAAAAAUGCUCUAACCUGCCCCUUGCUUGCCUGUUUAUUUCACCAGUUUGAUCCUAACCUGCAUUCUGUAAUUUCCUUGAUAUAUGUAAUUGUCUACCUUCAAAAUGUAUUUUAUUUUGUUGAGUGAACAUGUGAUUCUGUUAAUAUCUAUCUUUUCCCCUAUUUUGCAGCCUUCUUUAUUCAUGACUAAUCCUUCAUUUAUAUUUAUGAAUGUUUCUCCUCAAACCAACUUUUAGAAAAUACUUUCUAAUGUUGCUGUGAAUAUUCCCGAUGGGGGUAUAUCGCUGCUUGACUCCUCAUUUGUAUUUUGUUGUAUGCAAUCUGAGAGCUCCAUAUUUAUCAAGUGUUGGUGAAUUCUGGGAUUUAAAAUAAACGCUUUAGUUCGUGAUAUCCUCAAUGAGACAUUGGUUUUUAAGAUCCUAGAUGUCAUAAUUUGCCACCGGAAGAAAAUACAUUUUCAUAUUCCACAAUCGAGGCAUAAUGGUAUUUGAUCAUUUGUGUCCUUGUUAUAACCUGAUUUAUAGUGCUUAUUUUGUGGUCAAUGUAAUAACACUUUUCUAAAUCCAAAUCCAGCAUACUCAUGCAGCUCGUUGGCUUCUAAAUUUUCCCGUGGUUAAUAAAUAUCUGAAAAUGUAUUUAUUUAGAAUAUAUUAUUUUGUUUUAGUACAAGAAAUCUGCAUAGAAUCCCCACCUGUUGUGUGUUAUGGUUCCAUCUUGCUCUCUCUGACUAUUAUUUGUGAUUUACCAACCAUACUUUUCACUUUCGCUGCUUUCAUGCUCUCAUUUUUACAUCUUAAAUUGAUGUUUUUCGUUGUGUUCCCUCUCUUUUCUCUUUCAUUUAAUAAUUGCUUUACAGGCAUAGUCUUAUCAAUUUUCAUGUAUUUUUCUGGAACAUGCUUUGUGUGAUUUCAAGUAACCUAUACUCUGCAGUUUUUUUACUUUGCCUAAUUUUCAGUGCAACUAUCCAUUACAAUGCUAGUUCAUUAUUAAAGUUGUGAUAUCCAUUUCAU